AUGAAGCUCAAAGCCAGAACAUCCCUAGCUGUACUGGGACGGAUUGUACACCCAUCGAAGCCAUUUUCAAUCCAUGGAUUCCAUUCUCGACUUUUCACAAUCAACAGUACCUCCAAACCCUCGAAACUCUCAGCCCCUUUGAGAAUUUUGUUUUGUGGUUCUGAUGAGUUUAGUUGUGAAUCUCUUCGGUCCUUGGUGGCAGAGAAGAGGUCAGAUCCAAAAGGAAUUGCUUCUAUCGAUGUUCUCGUUCGACCAGGUAAAAAAACUGGAAGAGGCAUGAAAGAGACUCGUGAGGUACCGCUGAAGAAAUUGGCCAAAGAAUUAAACCUCCGCAUACAUGAGAGAGAUACAUUCACGGGAUGGGAUCUACCGAAAACAAAUGGAGAACCAAUCAAUCUUGUCGUCGCAGUUUCAUUUGGCCUCUUCGUUCCACCACGCAUUCUCAACAGUGCUGAAUAUGGCGGAAUCAAUGUUCAUCCUUCACUUCUGCCACAAUAUCGAGGAUCUGCUCCACUCCACCAUACUAUCAUGAACGGAGACACAGUUACUGGUGUCUCACUUCAAACUUUAGAUCCACACAGAUUUGAUCAUGGCGCUAUUCUCUGUCAAGAAGGUUUUCCCAUUCCACAAUCUCAAACGAUAAAGUAUCAAGGUCUUCUAGACUUAGUCACACCUAAGGCGGCGAGCUUGCUUGCAAAGGGUAUCAGAGAUCGAGUCUUCAUAAACCCGGAACCAGACCAAGGUCUCAAACUUGCACACAAGAUCAAACCAAUCGAUAGGUUCAUUGAUUUUGAGGAGGGAUUAUCCAUCAACGUUGAACGAAAAUUCCGAGCGUUGGGACGACUUUGGUGCUAUACUCGUACUUGGUGGUCUGGCAAGAACAAAAAGAGGACAAUUUUCGAAGAUUUUGAGGUUGUCCCAAUGCCAAAGCAAUCUGGCGUGAUUCCAGAACAGGUGCUUUUGACAUUACCAAAGUGGGAGUACUUCUGUACUCGGGUGUAUGAGGAUCCUACUCAUCCAGGAUCUAUCAUUAUUCCCACGGUUGAAGAAGGUGUAGGGCUUCGAGUUAAACAUGUUCUCGUAGAAGGUCAAGUGGUGGGCUCAGCCAUUGAUGCUAUGCAUAAGGUAUCAGCUUUCACCAAACAUCCAGGCGAUGACAAGGAUUUGUUCAUGGCCGUAGCAUUGACAGAUAUGUCGGAGGAUGGUAAACAAUUAGUUUUGCGCGAUGGUAAAGGCACUGAGUAUGCAGCGAAGCAUCUGGUCAUCCCAAAGGUGCUCAAGAUCAACAGGGCGCGCCACAUUGACCCUACCCCCAAGAAUCCAAGCCCUCUGGAUUGA